AUGAAGAACAUAUCAGUAAUACUUGUAGCGAUGGUUGUGUUCCUUGCAAUCCUUGAAGCUAACGCAAGUGGACCAAAUUUGGAAGUGCGUAAGUUUUUAGACUACGAGAAAACAGUCGUCCCAUCACAUGAUCAGGGCUCAGGUAAGAAUGACAUUCCUCACCUUGAUGUAAAGGAAGCGACAUUGACAACGGAUAAAAAGUGGGGUGGUGCAAGUGGCAUGACGGAGAAUAAUGGACAAGAAAAGGACUCAAGCACCGACACACAUCAUUACUUUGCUUGUGCUAAACAAUCUCAAUGUGGCAACGAAAUCCAUGCUUGA